AUGUCCUCAUCGCCGUCAUCACACAUCCUCCUCAUCCUCCUAACUGAACUCUUGGUGGCACCUCUCCACAUCCAGUUGUUGAUGAACUACGACUAUAUACGCCGUGUAUGCACACAAACUCUGAGCGUCCCAUCUUCACCUGCCCUCACAUCUUCACCCAACCUCGCAUUCUUGCCCUCACCCAACCUCACAUCUUCACCCAACCUCGCAUUCUCGCCCUUACCUGCCCUCGCAUCUUCACCCGCCCUCGCAUCUUCACCUUUAGCGCACUCGCAACGUGAGAACUUAACAAUGGUGGGGCCGAAAUACAACACCCUAUGCGUGCCCAUAUGUGCGGUUUUGGUGAUAAAGCCACUCGCGCCUGCAGCAGUCGCAAAGAUGGUUGUCCGAUGA